CAACAGCUGAUCGGAGGGACCAUGGCUGCAGCGCUCGCCGCCGGUGCCGAGCGCGGAGGGAGCGACGGCGCGGGCAGAGGCGACCGAGGGGACGGCAGCAACAACAGUGUUGACACCUUGGACAGGCUGCUGCCCACAAUUGUCGGAACCAAGUCCCCCAGGAAGCGCACCACCAGCCAGUCCAAAUCAGAGCCCCCCCUUCUGCGUACCAGUAAAAGGACGAUCUACACCGCGGGCCGACCCCCCUGGUACAACGAACAUGGCACCCAGUCAAAAGAGGCAUUCGUUAUCGGCCUCGGUGGGGGCACUGCUUCUGGGAAGACCACAGUGGCCCGGAUGAUCAUCGAGGCGCUGGACGUGCCCUGGGUGGUCCUGCUAUCCAUGGACGCCUUCUACAAGGUUCUGACGAAAGAGCAGCAGGAACUAGCUGCCAGCAAUGAUUUCAACUUUGACCAUCCUGACGCCUUUGAUUUUGACCUGAUCAUCUCCACUCUCAAAAAACUCAAGCAAGGGAAAAGUGUGAAGAUCCCCAUUUAUGACUUCACCACCCAUAGUCGCAAGAAGGAAUGGAAAAUGCUUUAUGGAGCCAACGUGAUUAUAUUUGAAGGUAUUAUGGCAUUUGCCGAUAAGGAGCUCCUAAAGCUUCUGGACAUGAAAAUAUUUGUGGACACCGACUCUGACAUCCGUCUCGUUCGGCGUUUGCGCAGGGACAUCAGCGAGCGAGGCCGAGACAUUGAGGGGGUCAUCAAGCAGUACAACAAAUUUGUCAAGCCGGCCUUUGACCAGUAUAUCCAGCCCACCAUGCGACUGGCUGACAUCGUCGUCCCACGAGGCAGUGGAAAUACUGUCGCUAUUGACUUGAUCGUCCAGCAUGUGCACAGCCAGCUGGAAGAGCGUGAACUCAGCGUCAGGGCAGCGUUGGCUUCUGCUCACCAGUGUCACCCCCUCCCCAAGACCCUCAGUGUCCUGAAGAACACACCGCAGGUCAAGGGAAUGCACACCAUCAUCCGAAACAAGGAGACAAGCCGGGAUGAGUUUAUUUUCUACUCCAAACGGCUGAUGCGCCUUCUAAUUGAGCAUGCAUUAUCUCUGCUGCCCUUCCAGAGCUGCACCGUGCAAACCCCACAAGGCCAGGACUAUGAAGGCUGUAUGUACAGUGGGAAGCAAAUUACAGGGGUGUCCAUUUUGAGGGCCGGAGAGACCAUGGAGCCAGCCCUGCGGGCCGUCUGCAAGGAUGUCCGGAUUGGCACCAUCCUGAUUCAGACGAACCAAUACACUGGGGAGCCAGAGCUGCACUACCUGAGACUCCCGAAGGACAUUAGUGAAGAUCACGUGAUUUUGAUGGACUGCACUGUCUCCACCGGGGCAGCCGCCAUGAUGGCCGUGAGGGUGUUGCUGGAUCAUGAUGUGCCAGAGGACAAGAUCUUUCUUCUGUCCUUGCUGAUGGCCGAGAUGGGCGUCCACUCUGUGGCCUACGCCUUCCCACAAGUCAAGAUCAUUACAACUGCUGUAGACAAGAAAGUGAAUGACCUUUUCCGCAUCAUCCCUGGUAUUGGAAAUUUUGGAGACCGUUACUUUGGCACAGAUGCCCCGCCCAACUGGAGUGACGAGGAAGACAUCCUGGAUUCUUGAUCACUUCCUUUGUAAAGAAACUGCUCUGAAGGCGUGGCGGAUUCUGCACCCACACCUUAACACAUACCCUCACACGCUCCACCGCAAAUCUCCAAAUGCUUGCAAAGGGAUCAUUCAGCAAUGCAACCGAUUACUUUUUUCUUCUGCUUCACCUUGCAUCAGAAGCUGAAGGAGUAUUUUUUAGGAAGUGGGGGGCAAGAGAGUGGCUCCUGGCUGGGUUUUUUUUUUUAAAGUUUGCACGAGUGUCUUUGAUUCCAGAAGCAGUUUAUUUUAAUUUAAAAGAUUUAUUAUAACUUAUUUUAUUAAAAAAAACCCUCCUCGGCAAAGCUUUGAGGAUUUCA